AUGAGUGACGAACCAAAUCGAGCGUUACCAAUAUUUGAGCAUCGCUUGUCAGAUGUCAUCGAGUUCGAUAAGUACGUUUACCUCAAUGACAUCAACGUCGAGCAAAUUGACGCAUUCCUCAAACUGCUCAGAGACCAGGCAACACUUAUAACAUCAACCUUAAUAUCUGGUGUGCCGGAGGAGCAGGAGGGGGAUGAGGAUGAACAGAAGGGGGAGGAGGAUAAACAGCAGGAGGAGCAGGAGCAGGAAACAUACAGCAAGAAGAUGGAGGAGGAGGAAAAGAAGGAGCCAGACAGAGAUGAGGUCCCGGUGGGCGAGGCGGAUGACAAGGUUGUGAUUCUGGACAAAGACAAGUUUGGGCUGAUGGACAAACCUGCAAAGGAGGAAGAAAUAUGGGAAUUCUUGGAGGGAAUACAGAGCAAUGAGGAGGGUGAGGACAAAGACAGAUUUGUGCUGAUGGAAAAGCCGGCAAAGAAGGAGGAAGAAAUAUGGGAAUUCCUGGAGGGAAUGCAGUGCAAGGAGGAGGUUGAGGACAAAGACAGAUUUGUGCUGAUGGAAAAGCCAGCAAAGAAGGAGGAAGAAAUAUGGGAAUUCCUGGAGGGAAUGCAGUGCAAUGAGGAGGGUGAGGACAAAGACAAGUUUGAAAUGAUGGACAAACCUGCGAAGAAGGAGGAAGAAAUAUGGGAACUCCUGGAAGGAAUGCAGAGCAAGGAGGAAGGUGAGGACAAAGACGUGUUUGGGCUGAUGGACAAACCUGCAAAGAACGAGGAAGAAAUAUGGGAAUUCCUGGAGGGAAUGCAGUGCAAUGAGGAGAGCGAGGACAAAGACAGAUUUGUGCUGAUGGAAAAGCCGGCAAAGAAGGAGGAAGAAAUAUGGGAAUUCCUGGAGGGAAUGCAGUGCAAGGAGGAGGGUGAGGACAAAGACAAGUUUGAAAUGAUAGACAAACCUGCGAAGAAGGAGGAAGAAAUAUGGGAAUUCCUGGAGGGAAUGCAGUGCAAGGAGGAAGGUGAGGUCAAAGACAAGUUUGGGCUGAUGGACAAACCGGCAAAGAUGGAGGAAGAAAUAUGGGAAUUCCUUGAGGGAAUGCAGAGCAAGGAGGAAGUUGAGUAUAAAGACAGAUUUGUUCUGAUGGAAAAGCCGGCAAAGAAGGAGGAAGAAUUAUGGGAAUUCCUUGAGGGAAUGCAGUGCAAGGAGGAGGAUAUGGACAAAGACAAGUUUGAAUUGAUGGACAAAGUGGCAAAGAAGGAGGAAGAAAUAUGGGAAUUCCAGGAGGGAAUGCAGUGCAAGGAGGAAGGUGAGGACAAAGACAAGUUUGGACUGAUGGACAAACUUGCAAAGGAGGAAGAAAUAUGGGAAUUCCUGGAGGGAAUGCAGAGCAAGGAGGAGGGUGAGGACAAGGACAAACUUGUGCUAAUGGAGAGUGAGUCAAGAUUGGAGCAGGGUGUACUAAAAAAUGAAAAGCAUAUGGAAAAGGAGGAAGAGCGGGUGAAGAUCAUAUUCCUGGUAGAGGAGAAAGUCAAGGAAAGGAAGACUGAAACAGAGAAAGGGGUAUCCAGGGACUUUAAGGGAGGGAGGUGGAGACGGAAAUGGUGGAGAAGAUUCUUACGUUGUGUUUAG